UUAUAUACCAUCUAUAUUCCUUUAACAAUUCACAAUGAAUUCAACUGUAGAAGCUUACACUUCCAUGGCUGGUGAGACAAUGGCUAAAGACAUGGAAGACAUGGAUUACUCUGACUCUGGUUACGUUGUUACUGAUGACGCUGAUUUCGUUGGUGAAUACGACGAAGGUUUCGACAGUUCAGAAAUGGUCGAUGACGUUGAAGAUGUUGCCGACACUGAGGAAGUAGUGUCCGAGGUACCCGAGGACUUUGCCGAUUCGGAGUUAGCGGAAUCUGAGAUUGUCGAGGACGUAGUUGACCCCGAAGAGGUUGAGAAAAUUGCUGACGAGGAAGUGGUCGACCCGAAGGAUGAGGAGUAUGUUGAAUGCCCCGAGGAACCCGAGUCACCAUUACCUUCUCCUGACGUUGAGGAGGCAGGUGCCGAUGAAAUUUAUUCAUUGGAGCACUCCCAGCUGAUCGAUGAAUCUGAAAUCAUCACUCAGGGUUCAGAUGUUGCUAAGCAUGACCACGAAGACCACGUUGAAUCUAGUGAAGAGGAGCAUGAAGAACCCGCUGGUACUGAACUUCCAGAAAGCAAGGCUAAGAAAGACCACGUAGUGAAGACUAAAAAGCUACAGUGGGAGGCAAAGCCAUCGGUGCCCGCUUAUGUAAUUAACACCGCCAACAAAUUCAACGUUGAGGACCUGGAGAAGAUAGUUAUCACCACAAAGGGCAAAGCGGCUAAGAUGGCAGCCAGCAAGAUUGAAAAGAUGUCGACGCGUGCCCGUGAAUCAACCCAACGUCUGAAGGAGGCCAUGCAAACAACUAAGAUGACCCAGCAGACGCAGCGUGAAGAGGUGGUUGCCGCUGAGAAAGCACGUGUUAACGCCGCCAAGAAAGCUAGGGAAGUGCAAGCUGAACGCAUCCGCCAGGAGGCAGCCGAGCGCAGAAAGGUAGAGCUACUUGAGAAGCAGCGUCUACAGGAAGAGUAUGAAGCAAAGAAGGCUGCGUUGACCAAGGCACGUCGUGAAGCACUUAGCAAAAGCCGUGCAUAAACGCACAUGA